AGCAAAGGAGGUAGUUGCGCGCGGGAUAACCAAGCAUCAUUGCCUACCUGUGCGAGAAGAGCUGGACACAUCAGUGCAGUCGAUGGACCUCUGAUGUCACACAACAUAGCGUACUUAGUUGACAGUGGAAAUACAUUUGCGUCAUGCUUUUAUCAUUUAGGAAGACACCUCGUUGUACAAUAGUAAUAUAUUUUCCCAUAGGUAGGUUAUAGGCGAACAUUCAACCGCGCGCAACAAUGGCAGCGUCAGCUUUAACAGGAUUCUCCGUGGUCAGUUUGCUCAGCCUCGGUUACCUGUCGUGGGACUGGAUGACCCCAAAUCAAGUCGAGAACGAGCCUGUACCGAACUUUGGAGACCAGUCACCGGUACCGCAGCCACCUCAUAUCAUCUUUAUAAUGACGGAUGACCAGGGUUUCAACGACAUCGGUUACCACGGCUCUGACAUCAGGACGCCAACACUGGACAAGCUUGCCGCAGAUGGAGUGAAGCUGGAAAAUUAUUACAUACAACCCAUCUGUACUCCUUCCCGCAGUCAGCUAAUCACUGGCAGGUACCAGAUCCACACUGGCCUCCAGCACUCUAUCAUCCGGCCCCGGCAGCCCAACUGCCUGCCUCUGGACCAGGUCACCCUGCCCCACAGGCUCCAGGAGGCUGGUUACGCCACACACAUGGUGGGCAAGUGGCACCUGGGCUUCUACAAGAAAGAGUGCCUGCCCACUCGUCGCGGCUUCGACACCUACUUUGGCUCGCUGACGGGCAGCGUCGACUACUACACCUACACCUCCUGCGACGGCCCAGGAGUGUGCGGCUUCGACCUCCACGAGGGCGAGACGGUGGCGUGGGGACAGGGGGGAAAGUACUCCACCCACCUGUACACCCAGAGGGUGAGGAAGAUCCUGGCAUCCCACGACCCCCAGGCCCAGCCGCUCUUCAUCUUCCUGUCCUUCCAGGCGGUCCACACCCCCCUGCAGUCUCCACGGGAGUACAUCUAUCCCUACCGGUCGCUAGGAAACGUGGCGCGCAGGAAGUACGCCGCCAUGGUGUCGGCCGUGGAUGAGGCGGUGCGUAACGUGACCUACGCCCUGCGCAAGUACGGCUACUACCAGAACAGCGUUAUAAUUUUUUCCACUGACAACGGCGGCCAGCCGUUCUCAGGAGGCAGCAACUGGCCGCUGAGGGGCCGAAAAGGCACCUACUGGGAGGGCGGAGUGAGGGGGCUGGGGUUCGUCCACAGCCCCUUGUUGAGGAGAAAGAGGAGGGUGAGCAAGGCACUGGUUCACAUCACUGACUGGUACCCCACCCUGAUGGGUCUGGCUGGAGGCAACGUGUCCCUGUCGGAUGGGCUGGACGGUUACGACAUGUGGGGGGCGAUUAGCGAGGGGAAGGAGUCCCCCCGGCAGGAGAUCCUCCACAACAUCGACCCUCUGUACAACCUGGCGCGGAGCGGCUCCUGGCAGGGAGGCUUUGGGAUCUGGAACACGGCGGUCCAGGCCUCCAUCCGGGCAGGAGACUGGAAGCUCCUGACAGGAGACCCCGGCUACGGAGACUGGACGCCCCCGCAGAUGCUCCCGGGUUUCCCUGGUGGCUGGUGGAACCUGGAGCGCCACAUCCAGCCGCAGAAGUCCGUCUGGCUGUUCAACAUCUCAGGCGAUCCCUACGAACGCUACGACCAGGCUGAGAAGCGACCAGAUGUGGUCAAAGAGCUGCUAGCCAGGUUAGCGUUCUAUAACCGCACCACUGUGCCGGUGCGGUAUCCCGCCGAGGACCCGAGGGCCAACCCGGACCUGAACGGGGGGGCGUGGGGACCCUGGGUGGGGGACGUUGAUGAAGACAACUGGAAUGGAGUCUACCACAAGAAAAGUAAGGACAGCAAGAAGAAAUACAACCUGUCCAAAACGAGGUCGUUCUUCAGAAAACUCAAUACCAGGAUCAUGUCCAACAGAAUAUGAUGAGGAUUUUGAAUGUUAAAACAUGACUUUUGUUUACAGAAUAAAUUGUUACUUUUUUACACCAUAGAAUUAGAAAUCUUACAGGUGAUGCUUUGAUUUAGCGUUUACAGUUUUGUGGUCUGUGUGUGUUUCAUGAUGAACAUUUGAUAGCUAUUUUUAAUAUGAAGACAAGAGGUGACUCCCUUGUUCCCUUGAAGG